CGUGCGUGCGUGUGUGUGUUGGGGGGGGGGGGGGGGGGGAGCAGCUCUUCCCGUCUACCCAUCCAAUGUCCCACUCGGUGAGCGCGUGCUCCUUCCACACAGACGAGAUGAUACUUCUUGGACUUCUCUUCACUGUGAUCAGGUUUUCAGCCGUGCUGCCGUUCUCGGCUCCGGUCCACCACCUCCCGGCUCACCUCCCGGCGCCGGCCCCCCAGGCCGGUCGGGGGGACUGCCUCGACGCCCACCGGGCCUGCGGCAGCGACCCGCGCUGCGAGGCGCUGUACCGCGGCGUGGAGCUGUGUGCGGACGACGCCGGCGCCGCCCCGCUGGGCGAGCAGGCCGCCUCCGAGUGCCUGGAGAGCCAGGACGCCCUGCUGGCCCGCCACCCGCCCCUGCUGGCCUGCCGGUGCCAGCGCGGCUCGCGGCGCGAGGAGCGGUGCCUGCACGUGUACUGGAGCGUCCGCCUGCUGCCAGGGGAAGAUGAAAUGGAGGUGUCUCCGUAUGAAUUGAUGCCCAUGGACACUCACAUGGCCUCCUUAAUAGUGGCGUCCUCCUCGCUGCCCCAGGACGGGCUGAACCCCUGCCUGAAGGCGGCGCAGGACUGCGGGCUGUUCGAGAAGUGCGGCGCCCUGCGCUCCGAGUACGUCCUGGCGUGCACCAAGCGGCCCAGCGGCACGGACCGCUGCAACCGGCAGAAGUGCCACCGCGCGCUGCGGCGCUUCCUGGAGCGCGUGCCCGAGGAGUACAGCCUGGGCGUGCUCUUCUGCCCGUGCGGCGAGCCGCUGUGCGGGGAGCGCCGGCGCAAGACCAUCGUCCCGUCCUGCUCCUACCUGGAGAGGGACGGACCCCCGCCCAACUGCCUGCACCUGCAGAGCUACUGCCGCCGGGACGACCUCUGCAGAUCCAGGCUGGCGGACUUCCUCCACAGCUGCCAGGCGUCCUCCAUGUCCUCCUCGGGCUGCGUGAGGGACACCUCGGCCGGCCUCUGCCUCCGGGCCUACGCCGGACUCAUCGGCACCAUGAUGACCCCAAACUACGUCAGCAACAGCUCGGCCGACGUGGCGCUGUGGUGCAACUGUGAGGGCAGCGGAAACCAGUGGCAGGACUGCCUCCGCCUCCAGCGCAUGUUUACCCACAACCCCUGCCUCAGUAGUUCCAUCAGCGCCCUGGGCCUCCCCGGGCCCCAGACGGUCGAGAACACCCCCCCUCCUCCCUCCAGAUCCCCCCCCUUCAACCCGGGUGACGAGUUGCUCAGCAACAACCUACUGCCUGAACACAACAACAUUGUGCUCGGCAGUGAGGAAGACGAUGAGUUCCUGAGGAAGGAACAAGGGGAGCCGGGGGAGGGGGGCCAGUUUGACGUGAUCCCCCUCUACUCUGAGAGGGCCACGGCCCCCAGCCUGGGGCCAAGAGGGGCCGCCACCACCGGGACCACCCCGCCGCUCCAAUGGGUCCUCCUGGUCUUCUCGGCUCUUCAUCUCAGCUGGGGUUAGGGUGACCUCCCGGGGGGGGGGGGGGGGGCACACACACACACACACACACACACAUUGAAAACCAACCACCCUGCACCCACUGACUGUUGUCCGGAGAAGGCUGGAGACGGGGAACGACACAAAAAGAAAGAACCCUCUACUACCCCCCCAGCAUCUUAUCUAUUCUCUCAUGUCUGCUCUGACUGUUGCGCUUGGGACCGCUCGUGGUCCCGUGUCCACGUCCAACCCUUUCCCCCGGCCCGUCUGCAGGCCGCCCCAGCAGCGUUGUGUGCGACGUAGGACGGGCUGCAGAGUCCCGGGCAGCAGGCGGAGCUGGUGCUGAGGCUGAGGAAGUAUGUGAUGUAUGAGACGCUUCUUCUAAGUGAUGGAUCUGCGUGGCCCGACACGUCUCUCUCUCCUCCUAAUAAGAAAAAAAUAACUACUACUACAAACAAUAUACUGGUCCAUAACAGCUUGAUGUGUGUGUGUGUGUGUGUGUGUGUGUGUGUGUGUGUGUGUGUGUGUGUGUGUGUGUGUGUGUGUGUGUGAUAGUGUGAUAGUGUGAGUGUGUGUUUAUUCGCGUUGUUCAUGGAAAUAAUUACGGUCUUGGUGGAGGCAAAACAGAUUACAGAACUGUAUUACACAAUGGAUUUAUAAUUUUCACUCGCAAUUUGUUUGUUCCAUGCCGAGUAGUAGCCCACACACACACACACACACACACACACACAUUACAAACACACCAUCCAUAUCUCCUCUGGCCCUGCGUCUCCACCUGCUACGGGGACAGACAAAGCCACCGCGGGCUCAUAACACAAAUGAAGUCUUCACCAAUAAAAGCCACGCACCAGAAACAAUAUGAGAUCCAAAACGGCAGGAACAAAUCAAACACAGCUCCCCCUCCCAGCGGUACCAGGGGAUGUAGCGGCGGGAACGGCCAAGUGCGUGCAGCCGCAGAGACGGAGACGGAGACAGAGAGACGGAGACAGAGAGGGGGAGAGGGAGAGGGAGAGGGAGAGAGAGAGAGAGAGAGAGAGGGGAAGAGAGAAGGUGGGCUCCCAUACCUGGUCUUGGAACAUGACAUCUCAACAGGAAACAGGCCGUAUUCAGUUAGGAGAGACCAGUUGCGCUAAAGUAUGACUCAGGGUCCCUGAUGAGACUGGUGGGGGGGGGGGGGGGUUAGUGAUUCUGUACCAUUGUAAACAUUGUCUCCCCUGAGGUAGUGUGAAGGUCUGCACUGUGGCUUUGUGAGUGAGAAGUGGCGAUGGACUAACCCUAACCCUGGACCACUAAGGCUCUUUGAAGGAGCACACCUCCAACCCUAACCCUUCACCUAACCCUAACCCUAACCCUAACCCUAAACCUUAGACCCAACCCUCCAUCAGUGGUCCUAUAAGGCCGGGCUGGGCCUUAUAGGACCACAGUCUAGAGAAAUGGCGAGCGGAAACCGCCAACCCGGGAGAAGUGGCACAGUUGUUUAAUUUCCGAUCUCCUGCUUCUCUUAGCUGUUUGUGUGAAGUGGGCAGGAUCUCACUUCCGUGGGACGGGGUUGGAGAGGAGGAGAGAGGUGAGGGAACAGGACGGAGGAGACGGAGGGAGGCCGAGUAAUGGAACACGCUAGGUUGAGGAGACAGGAAGAAAUGGAAGAAUUGAAAAGUGCAGAGAGACAGAAGGCGUGGCGGGCGUGCUCUCAUCCCGUCUACUCUUCCUUGUUCUUUCUCUCUCUCCCUCUCUCUAUCUUGUCUCUUUCUCCCAUCCCUCACAAGAGAAAAAACUUUAGCCACCCACGCACAAACACACACACACACACACACACACAUAAACACACACUUAGUCGCAAGAAACCCACCUUGACCUUGUUCUGUCUGCCUCCUGGGCGUGCAACCCCUCGUAUAAAAGGCCGUCCAUCAGCCGGAAACCCCAGUCCUACAGGGCCGAGAGAGGGGGGAGACAGGGGGAGACAGGGGGAGAGAAAGAGAGAAAGAGAGCUGGGCUGUGUUACCUUUGGAUCUUUUCUAUCUUCUGUGACUCUGUGGUACAGCAUGACAUCAUUAAUGGACAGGUCACCCCUCCCUCCCUCCCUCCCACUCACUCACUCACACACACACACACACACACACACACACACACACACACACACACAGACACACACACCCACAGUCGACCCCCGAGGGGUUAAUUGGGAUCAGAGGGGGUGGGGUUGAUGAUCGAUGUCGCUGUUGAGCUGUGUGAAAGAGAAGUCCUCCACACAGCCACUCUCUCUUUCAAGAUGCCCGUUGUUAUUUUUAAUUGUUUUUCGGGGGGGGGGGGGGGGGGGGGUGUGUUGUCUCGCCUUGACAUGCACCCACUGGUCACCCCCCUUACACACACAGAACACACACAUGCACACACACACACACACACACACUACAAUCGUGACACACACAAGACCUUCUGAAGCCCCCCUGGUGGAGUCGGACGUGGAGAGAGAGAGAGAGAGAGAGAGAGAGAGAGAGAGAGAGAGAGAGAGAGAGAGAGAGAGGGAGAGGGAGGGAGAGACGGAGAGACGGAGGGAGGGAGGGAGAGAGAGCAGCGUGGACACUGAUGAUUUAUUUUAAUAUGUAGGGAAAUAAACAAGAGAUGAAGCCAUGCGUUAAAUCAACUCAGAGAGGUAGAGAGAGAGGACGAGAUAGAAAGAAAGCCCUGAGGGCUAGGAGCCAGAAACGCUGUGUGUGUGUGUGUGUGUGUGUGUGUGUGUGUGUGUGUGUGUGUGUGGUGUGUGUGUGUGUGUGUGUGUGUGUGUGGUGUGUGUGUGUGUGUGUGUGUGUGUGUGUGUGUGUGUGUGUGUG